GGGGACGCGAAAGUAAGGAUGGGGCCGGGCCGUGGCUUCCGGUCUUCCCUCCUCCCUGAUCCGCUCCCCGCCGCUCAGGCGGAGCCUCCACCCCGCCUUGACUGCCGCCGGGCGGGAUGGGAUCCAGGGCCCGAGAGUUUCCGCCCCCUUGCCGAACUUCCGCCUCCUAUUGGAAGAGCGAAAGUCGAUCUGGCUUCCAAUUGGCUGGAAGAACUGCUCGUCAGAAUCCCAGCCUGGACUCUCGCUGGGCUCCGGUCGGGACCGUGCAACGCCCGCUGCGCGCGGUUCCGCAGCGGUUGCAGCCCCGUGGCGGUUAGCGCUGUUAGGCCCUGGCCGCCGCUGAGAUACCGGGUGAAUAUGAGGGAGACCUGGAGAAUCUUUAAAAAGAUGAGGGAAACCUGGAGAAUCUCCGCGCACCUAACCACACACAGCCCCCGAAAGCGCGUGGACUCUGCGCCACUAACUAAACAGAACAACCGUUAGCUGUUACUGACUGUGGCGAGCCAGCGAGAUGAUGCACACAGGUCUGCGCAGGGCAUAGGUGACCUGCAAACCGGACCUAUUGCUGCAGACAUACCUAUCCAAGUCCCUGCUGCAGUUACAUAUUCUCAACCUUCCUCUAAAACCCCUAUUCUCACUGUUCUGAAUGAUCGUCUUCAUUUUCCAAAAUAGGAAACUCUCACAAUCCUGUUCGUUUCCAGCCCACAACUCACUUCCUCUGUGAAGCCUAAAGACUGUUUUAAGGUUUUUAGCUGUUUCUAUUUGCAAAAGGCCUUUGAAUAACUAAAGGUGUUGUUUUAAAACAAAACAAAACUGGACGUGCUUAAGGGCAGGUACUGUGUUCAUUUUUAUAAUCUAGUUCCAGUACAGUUCACCCCAACCCAAUCCACCCCCGAAUGGAUUUCAGUGACCAACUUACUGGGUUGAAAUUAUGGUGUCUAGCUAGCAAGAAACCCACCGCGCCCUAAGUGCCCUGUUACUUUAAGCCUUGGAAAACUAAGAUUCGUUCUGCGCACUUGUUUUGAACCUCUUCCUUUCCCAGUUGUGGGUUGUUCCCUCCUCUAGCCUGUUUUUUUUCCCCCAAAGGCAUUUCUUCCCCCAGAAAGAUGUGUGAUCGUUCUUUUAACAUAUGUUGCUUUCUCCUUUA